AAAUAUACAUAUCUUAACAGCCUAGCUGGCUAGCAUUCAGCUCCACAACCACCGCAGCUUGGAUAUUGUUGUACAGCUUUUGUUGACCCCUUUAUGAGAGAUGGACCCAAUCAGUACUUAAAAGCUCUGUCAAAGCCGCAUCAGACCAGAAACCUUUGGGUACCGGUACCCAGUAAUGCACUUGCUGAUCCUUGAUCUUUGAUGCCAGAAGAGCAUUUGUUUUGUAAACUCUAUCAGUAAACCAAGGAAUGUCUACAACAUAACGACUAUGUUGUCUAUUCACCAUUCUGUAUGAUAUUGGGAACACGAUGAAUGACAGUACAGACUGAAUGACAAUAACUCUCUUAACAUUGGCAUAUUUCCAUUUAGGCUUUCUACAGCACAUCCAGACAACAACUGUAAUGAUAAUGAGGCUUGUUCCAAUCAGAAUGACAGUCUGUUGUGGAACCUCAUCAUAUUGGUUGUGAUCUAUUGCCAGUGUUGAGGUUAAGAGUUUCUACAACAGCUUGGUAUUCUGUCAGAAUUUUAUGUCUAUUAAUGUUUUGUCAUCUGAAAAUAUUUGAUAAAUUCCAAAGUGUAUAAAAGUUUGAUAUUCUUGGCUGCUUCUAUUGCUGCACAGCGUUUUGGCCUUGAGGUUUGAUUGUCACUUACUAGUUUUGGCGAUACCGGUUUAAUGUUCGGCCAAUUAUUCACCCAUUUGACAUCGAAACUUUCGCAGAACGACAAUGUUCAUUAUUGCUUUUUACUAACGCUUUUAUACGACCUAAUUUCCAGCACCCUCUCGGAAUAUCAACACUACAUCGCCUACACUCUGCAAAAUCCUGAUUUAACUCUGCCUGUCUUGAAUUCCGUUUGAGUCCUUCCACAAAAUAAAAUGAGAAAAACUUCUCUGUACUUUUGUCCAAUGUUUUUGUCCAAUGUUUUCCUCUCAAAACGAAGUUAAUGAAAGGAAAGGGGAAAAGGUUCGAAAGGACAAGUAACAAGAACAAAGUAGUAAGACCCAAAUGCCAUGCUAAUAUGAGCACAUGUAAAUAAUAGUAGCUAAAAGGCAAAUAUAAACUACUUUAUUUCAUUUCAGUUCAUUUAUGUCACAGUAAGGCCACAAGAUAUAAGUGAAUUGAAAAUGAACAUCUAACCAAUGUCAGACAUUUUAUUAAAAAGUAAUAUUAUUUACUAAUCAAAACGUAGUACAAAGUUAGUUAUAUGCUUAUAAAAUAGUGACAAAGUAGGACAAAGCAGAGAUGAUAUAUCAAUAUAUUGCAUAUUCAGAAUUUUUAUGCCCCCGAAGGGAGGCAUAUAGUUUUUGAACCGUUUGUGGGUCUGUCAGUCUGUCGGUCUGUCAGUCUGUCAGUCUGUCCGCAAUUUUCGUGUCCGGUCCAUAUCAUUGUCAUCGAUGGAUGGAUUUUCAAAUAACUUGGCAUGAAUGUGUACCACAGUAAGACGACGUGUCGCGCGCAAGACCCAGGUCCGUAGCUCAAAGGUCAAGGUCACACUUAGACAUUAAAGGAUAGUGCAUUGAUGGGCGUGUCCGGUCCAUAUCUUUGUCAUCGAUGGAUGGAUUUUCAAAUAACUUGGCAUGAAUGUGUACCACAGUAAGACGACGUGUCGCGCGCAAGACCCAGGUCCGUAGCUCAAAGGUCAAGGUCACACUUAGACAUUAAAGGAUAGUGCAUUGAUGGGCGUGUCCGGUCCAUAUCUUUGUCAUCGAUGGAUGGAUUUUCAAAUAACUUGGCAUGAAUGUGUACCACAGUAAGGCGACGUGUCGCACGCAAGACCCAGGUCCGUAGCUCAAAGGUCAAGGUCACAGUUAGACAUUAAAUGUCCUUUUUCAUGAUAGUGCAUUGAUGGGCAUGUCCGGUCCAUAUCAUUGUCAUUCAUGCAUGGAUUUUAAAAUAACUACGCAUAAAUGUGUGACACAGUAAGACGAUGUGUCGCGCGCAAGACCCAGCUCCAUAGGUCAAAGGUAAUAAACUCUAACAUCGGCCAUAACUAUUCAUUCAAAAGGCCAUCGGGGGCAUGUGUCAUCCUAUGGAGACAGCUCUUGUUUCUCUCAAUUUCUUGUCCACAGGUGGAUGUACCGCUGAAAAAGUACAUAGAUCAACAAUUCUCCGGAGUGGCUAUUCUGAGGGCCAGGACAUGUAAAAUCAUCCUCCAACUCUGAGUCAGUCCCCUCUGAGGAAUCACCUAGAGGCAGUAUCAUUAACUGUGAAAUUUUCAUUGGUACAGUCACUGAUAUAGGUACCAUCUUCCUACAUUCUCUUCAUCAUAGGUUUUGUCCCGCUCAUCCUGCUUAUUCGUAAGUUCUUUUAAUUCCUUCAUCAUAUUCCUAUCUCUCGUGAUGGCAGUUGCUAUACGACUGCCUGCAUCUUUUGCCUUUCUGUGUUUCCUGCCAUUUGCCUUGGAGGGCCUUAUUUUAAGCAUCCUGUAAUGUUUAGAAUGAGCAUAUAGCAAGGUGUUUUGCCAAGAAAAUAAAAAUUCAAUAUAAUUUGCAUACCAGUAACCUUUAAGGUACUGAUAAAGAAUAUAAACAAUUAUCCUUGAUACACCCCCAAUAUAAAGAACUGGUAGCAAAUAAUGUGUAUACAACUUGGUUCAAAAGUAAAUCAUAUAGAUCUGAACUAUAUGAAGUUUUGUGUAAUCUGAUACCAUUACUGGCAUAUCUUAAUGAACGAUACAAUUCAGCAAGAUUCAUGUAUAUAUAACAGCUCAAAAAAGUAAAUACCUCUAAUUAAAUACUUCCAUUUCCAAACUACCAAAUGUUCUCAGGUAAAUGAAACUCUCUGACCUUCACAAACCUCUGAAGGAAUGAUUUCUGGUCUAAAACUCGGGAAGCAGCCAUAGAACUGUAUUAAAAUACAUUUUGCAGAGAUUGUGUAGUAAAUAUAUGAAAAACAUUUUUUUCUGUCUUAAAGUUUAUUAAUACUUUUUUAUCCCUGGAUACUGUCAGAAGUCAAACAUAUAUCAAGAUCUUUACAAAAUUUCAUGCAGUUGAGGUCUUUCACGCACCUGUUAUUUUUGAUGCGUAAACCGGAAGUCGGCCAUUUUGGAGGCCUCCGCAAAUAAACAAAGAAAAGAUAUAUAGUGUUGCACAAUUUAAUCAAUAACUGACGAUUGUAGAUACCAAAUACGUUAUUAUCAUGUCAAAAAAGAGUGCUAAAGAGACUGAAAGUGUGUCAAAUAAGUUAAUGUAUCGAGAUGGACUCAAAGAUGAAGAGAAAGUGCGUUACGAUGAGAAAUUAAAAAUCUUAGGUGGUUGUGACCCUUACGAGAUAGUUUCAUGGUCUACGGAUGUGUCUCUUUUGCCGCCUGUCACGUACAUUGACAUUGUAAAUUACUUACUAUGGACCCCGAGUGUGUAUACAAAAGAUGAAUUAAAAAGUUACAAAGGCUUGGAAGCUUAUAACCAGUUUGUGAAUGGAUGGGUUAGGGACAGGUCGUCAGUUGUGUGUAAUGGUUACACUGUUGUCACUGCAAAGGUUCUCCAUUCCCAAUGGCUAAGACCUUGGAUCAUAGGUGACAAGUCCGGACAGGUAUUAGGUGCUCACUGCACAUGUAUGGCUGGACUAGGCGAGGCAUGUACCCACAUAGCCGCUUUGCUGUUUGCAAUUGAUGCUACGGUUAGAAUAAGAGACUCGAAAACUGUGACUGACGAAAAAGCGUAUUGGUUGUUACCCUCCGCAAUGAAAGCAGUGGAAUAUAAGAAAGUACAGGAAAUUGACUUCACAUCUGCAGAAACUGCAAAAAGAAAAUUCAAUGCAACGCUUGAUUCCGUCACAUCCCCAUGUGUGAGUAAGCCACCAGCAGAUUCUCCCGUACCAUCAACCCCUAUUACACGCAUUACAAGAACUCUCGGUUCAUCCCCAUGUGUGAGUAAGCCACCAGCAGAUUCUCCCGUACCAUCAACCCCUAUUACACGCAUUACAAGAACUCCCGGUUCAAACCCUAGGGAAGAUAGAGUGCCCGAAGCCUCUGAUGAGGAUAUGGAUAUACUGUAUAAGAAAUUUUUUGAAUCUGGCGCGAAGUCUGCAAUUUUGUCUAUUGUUGAGCCGUAUUGUGACAGUUUCGUACCAACGGCUACCACUAGUGACUUUCCAAAGGUCUUGUCAGAGUUAAGGGACGACAAAUGCUAUCAAAUGAACUAUAAGGAAGUUGUUGAUCAUUGUGAAAAAAUUGAAAUUUCAUGUUCAAAGGACCAAAGUGCUGCUGUAGAAUUCGCCACUAGGGACCAAAGUAGAAGCAAGCUUUGGAACUCCUUCCGAGCAGAUCGCAUUACAGCUUCCAGGAUGAAGUCGGUGUGUAGCACUGAUGAAGCAAGCCUAGCCCCAAGCCUGAUUAAAGCUAUCUGCUAUCCAGAUUUAGUAAAAUUCAAAAACAAUGCAACAAAGUGGGGAUGUGAGCAUGAGAGAAUGGCUCGUGACCAGUUCCUACAGGCAAUGUCGACUGUGCAUGAAAACAGUCGUGUGGAAGAUGUUGGAUUCACCAUAUCUACAUCACAGCCAUUCAUUGGUGCCUCUCCGGAUGGAGUAUUUACAUGUGACUGCUGUGGAACAGCCACGGUUGAAAUAAAGUGCCCCUUUUGUAUUCGCGAUCAGAAGUUGAAUGAUUGUAAAUAUCUAGACAGUAACAAUGGAAUGUUAACUUUAAGUAAGAGUCACGAAUAUUAUUUUCAAGUACAAACACAAUUAGGAUGUUGUGAAGUAGAAAGGGGAUACUUUGUGGUAUGGACGGAAAAGGACUUGCACAUUGAAGAAAUUAUAUUUGACAGUGAUCUCUGGAAUACUAUGUGUGAACGUUCUAAAAAAUUGUUUAUAUCUGCCGUACUGCCAGAACUUGUAGGAAAUUUUUUUUCCAAAAUACCGACUCAGUUUAGCAGACCGCCACUUGUUUCAACUGAAAACAAACUCAAAUUAGGGGACAAUAUACCGGUAAACACAACUGAUUCUAGGAAGAGGGCAGUCAAUGAAGCUGGGGAGGAGAUCUAUUGCUAUUGUGAGCAGGUGGAGCAUGGGAAAAUGAUUGGGUGUGAUAAUGAUGACUGUGAAAUACAAUGGUUCCAUUAUGCUUGUGUCAAAAUUGAAAAGUCUCCGCGUGGCAAAUGGUACUGUCAUGACUGUAGAAAGUUGCCUCAAUGUAAAAGACAAAAAGUAACCAGAAAAAAGUAAAAAUGAAAGCUGACAUAACAAUAAACAUUUUAAUUGGUAUAUCAUAGUCAUUACAUCAGUGAAUGCAACGUAUAAAUUUGGCUAUUUUGAAUAAACAACCUUGUUUGAGAUGAGACAGAUUUAUAUACAUUGUUAUUAUUUAUGUAUGAAUAUAUGUCAUUCUGUCAACUUACAGAAAUUUACCUAUACCCUGACUUUUCUGUACAUGUUUAAGGUAUGCUUCAAAUAAAUUAGUAUUUCAUAACCUAAUAAAUUUAUUUAUAAAUAUUAUAUUUUAUUGUCUUUUAGCAAUUUAUUUACUACUGAAAGGUAAAUUUUAUUUAUGUCAAUCCUAUUUCCAUAGGCAUUAC